AUGGCUCACUCCCUACCUUACUCAUCUUCGAGCCUUCACAGCCACAACCAUCAUUACAGUGGCACAUCAUCGCACAACUCUCGAGCGGUCGAGGACGGCUCGCAUCUUUGGGGUGACGGCAUGAAGGGCAUUUGGAACAGCCUCACCGGAGCUCCGCACGGCAAGCCUCGCUCUCCUCACGUCAGUGCCUCCACCAAGGGCGAACACGGCGAACCUGUCCGCGCUUCCGAAGUCGAGGCUGCCACCUCCAUCUGGGACGCGCCUAGGGACACCGUCGCCAUGACCAUGGGCUUCCAUGGCAACUACGAACAGCAGCCCUAUCAGUCGCAGCAAGCUUGGCAGCAACCGCAACAGCAAGCACAGCAGUCUACGUCGUCGUAUUCGGCUGAGCAGCAGCAGCAGCAGCCACACAUCGGCCACGCUCCGUCCUACUCGAGCAUGCCUGCCCCAUCGGGACUCGCAGGAGCUACCGUGGACGGCACAAGAGCACGCGCACCAUCCGACGUCGGAGCAGCCGGCGACCGUCAUUACGCACGCCGACCUAGCUAUCAGCACGCUCGUCCCGCCGAUGGCACAGCCGAUGCUGCUGCUGCGCACAACAGUCAGUGGUGGGGAUUGGCCGAUUCUCACCCUGGCUCGGACGAUGCUGCAGCCACGGGUCACUACGGAGCCCGACGUCUUCAGCCGCCUCCGCUGCCCGAGACGCGAUCAACAAAUCGCCCUGCGUGGACCAACCCUGGCGGAGGCUUUGAGAUCGGCGGCUACGAGUUCCCUCCAUCUUCUCUGGGCAAGCGACAGUACGACGACGAGGCCAUGGCAACACAAGGCGGAUUCGGCGACGCUGGCGACGGCGCUGCACGACGCUACUCUCUGGCAGGCAACGCAUCCUUCUCGAGGCCAUCGGCUCCCAUCAGCGGCAUGAUGAACAGCUACCGUCCUACUCACAGCGAUCCUCGUCGACCCUCCCUCCCCUCGGAUCCGUACGGAACGCAGCAGUCGGCGUCGGCAGUCCAGCGCGCCGGCUAUCCCAACGCUCCGCAGUGGAGUCCAUGGAGUCAGCACGCGUCGCACUCCGGCAUGCCCGGCUCGAUGGGCAGCGCUCCGGGCUCGUCCCCCAACCUCCCCGGCUGGCGCGACAGUGGUGCGAUGCGAUACGGCAUCGAAGCCGGCUACCCAUCUCCGAGCGGCAUGCCUGGCGGUGACAAGCGUCAACAACGCGACCGCUCUUCCUCCUCGGCUUCGGCGGUGCAGCAGGCCAAUGCUGUGGCCAACACGCCCUUCCACAUCACCUCCGACAUUGUGCUGCGAGCGCCCGCGGGUAGCAAGAUGGACGACGUCUACUACGACCAGCACUGCGAGCUGCGUACAGGCCUCGCCGACCCGCCGACAUCCGACUUUGAGGUCGAGAACGAGGAGGACCGUCCACGCCGUCAGACGGACAAGCUUCGUUUCCCUGGCGACCUGUACACGCCGCGAUGGGUGCGAGGCUCCGGUAACGCGCGCGAAGCCUGGUGCGACCGCUGCGAAAGCGGCAACUGGUUGCAGCUCAAGAACUCGCAGUACUGGUACGAUCAGGUGCACAAGCACGGCAUCUCGUCCGUUUCCGGCCUGCGAUUUACGGCGCCGACGCACCUCAAGGUGUACGCCGACGCGGCGGGGACGGUGGAGGGCAAGUGUCACCAGUGCAAGGAGUGGGUGCUCAUCUGCACGGCCAAGAGGAGGAGAAACUUUGCCGCCUUCUUCAAGCAUGCGCACGCGUGCCAUUCGUACAGGAAGGCGAGCGCGGUUGGGAAUGGCCCGUACGUUGAGCACAACCCGGGUGGACACAGGAACGGCAAGAAGGGCAGCAGUCCGAUUUGA